GCAGGGCUCCCCGGGGACCGCACCCAGGACUCCUGCGCGGCCUGCGACCCUGUGCUCGGCACUCGCACCCGAAGGCUCCUGGCGCCCGUGGAGCCAGGGGACGUGAAGAAAUGGAAAAGCUGCCCGUGGCAAGUGAAGAAAAAACGAUGUCUGCCAACCUAAAAUACCUUUCUUUGGGAAUUUUGGUCUUUCAGACUACCAGUUUGGUUCUAACAAUGCGUUAUUCUAGGACACUAAAGGAGGAGGGACCUCGUUAUCUAUCUUCUACUGCAGUGGUUCUUGCUGAACUUUUGAAGAUAAUAGCCUGCCUUUUUUUAGUCUACAAAGAUGGUAAAUGUAGUCUAAGAGCACUGAAUCGAGUACUACAUGAUGAGAUUCUUAAUAAGCCUAUGGAAACACUUAAGCUUGCUAUUCCAUCAGGGAUAUAUACUCUUCAGAAUAAUUUACUGUAUGUGGCACUAUCAAAUCUAGAUGCAGCUACCUAUCAGGUCACAUAUCAGUUGAAAAUUCUCACAACAGCAUUAUUUUCUGUGUCUAUGCUUAGUAAAAAGUUAGGUGUGUACCAGUGGCUUUCCUUAGUAAUUUUGAUGGCAGGAGUUGCUUGUGUACAGUGGCCCUCAGAGUCCCAAGAACUUGAUUCUAAAGAACUCUCUGCUGGUUCUCAAUUUGUGGGCCUCAUGGCAGUUCUCACAGCCUGUUUUUCAAGUGGCUUUGCUGGAGUGUAUUUUGAGAAAAUAUUAAAAGAAACAAAACAAUCAGUAUGGAUAAGAAAUAUUCAGCUUGGUUUCUUUGGGAGUAUAUUUGGAUUGAUGGGUGUAUAUGUUUAUGAUGGAGAAUUGGUAUCAAAGAAUGGAUUUUUUCAGGGAUAUAACCAACUGACCUGGAUAGUUGUUGUUCUUCAGGCACUUGGAGGUCUUGUUGUAGCUGCUGUGAUUAAAUAUGCAGAUAAUAUUUUAAAAGGAUUUGCAACCUCUUUAUCCAUAAUAUUAUCAACACUGAUAUCUUAUUUUUGGCUACAGGAUUUUCUGCCAACCAGUGUCUUUUUCCUUGGAGCCAUCCUUGUAAUAACAGCUACUUUCUUAUACGGUUAUGAUCCCAAGCCUGCAGGAAAUCCCACUAAGGCAUAGUCAUGUACUCUUUCACUGGCUUUCAUGAUGGUGCAUUAGGAAUCUCAACUUGAAUCUUCCACAGAGGAUGUCUGCAGGUUUUCUGAAGAUACCAUCAUCCUGAAUCUGAUCAUAUUGUUCAAAGGUUUGAAAAAUACACAUGCUUAAGGAUAAAGCAUGUACUGUAUAUGUAACAAAUUAUAUCUAGAAUUUAAAACUUGAUAGUAUUUCCAGGAAUUAGAAGAAAUAGUGGAGAAAACUUGAAAUCUAAGUUAAAAAGAAUCUACCUUUUAAUUGCUGCAGAAAUGUCCUAUGCACUCUCUGAAGAGCACACAAAUGUCAGAUACCAAUUUUUGCAAAUUAGAUGUAGUUACACUUAUUAAAUGUUUUUACUCUUUCUGUAAAAAUAUAUCAAAUCACAUGGAAUAUUCAAAAUGUGAGAAUUAUAAUUACCUAUAAAGCUGUGAAAAGAAAACUAUGAUUUGCAAAACACUUUCGCAUCUCUGAGAUUUUUAUAUUUAUACAAAAGAUUAUUCAACCUAGGAUUGCAAAAUAUUAUUUGUUCAGUUAUGUAAAAUUUGAUAAAUAUUCAGAAUCUGGUUUGACAGAUAAUAAAAUUCAUAUUUAAAUGUAGUGUUGAGAGACAUCUGUUUCUCCACAUAUAUUCUAAGGCUUUUUAGUACUUUGCAACAGCUAAAAACAACCCACUUGUUCCUGUGUGUGAUAGUGGCUGGAGACUUUUACAGUAAUGGAAUUUUACUCAUAAUCUCUUACAUGCAUUUCUUUUCUAUAAAUCAGGUUUAAUAUUACUUUAAGUUUGUAUGUGUUAACUGUCAUUAAAGUUUUAAAAUACAAUCUAAUUGGAUUAAGUACUCAUUAAUUUAAAAUAAUCAUCUAAUAUCUCCAU